AUGUUGUCGAGAAAAAAUAAAGAUACAAGAACUAUUAAAGAAGGAGUGGUUGGAAAAUAUGUUAAAAAAGAUAAGCCACCUGAAAUACCAAUUAUAAAUGUUUGGACUACAGAACCUUUCAGAAAAAAUAACCACAACCGGACUAAUGUUUCAGAAUCCCCAAAUCUGAAUAAUACAAACCAACCAAGUGGUUCAGUUCAAAAAUUUGGUAAUGUGAAAAAUACACCAUCUCCAUCAAUGCUAAUAGGCCAUGAAGGAAAGUAUACUCCUAGUAGUUCGGUUCCUGACUUAGCUCAAAAAUUUGCCAAUGCUAAUUUAUGGAGUAGUUCACCGGGUAUAGCUGCUGAUCAAUCAAUAAGUGUUAGAAAUUGUAGUCAUAGAUACAUUUCCAAUGACUGCCACAUUAAUCAUCAAAUGGGAACUCACACUAGUGCCACUUGUUUGCCUUAUCAUUCACACUCAGAUUUAGCAGAAUCUUCUGUUAUUAUACAUGGAUUUAGUGACAAUACAAUUUACUCACCAGCAUUAUCACAAUGUUUCCCAACUAUUCAAAUACAACACAAAAAUGAAAUUAUUAAUACUCAUCAUUCCACUCCUGCUUUACAUAAUAUUGGACAGUCUGUUCCAAUACCUUUACCAUCAGCUGGAGGGGAAGAACUUCCCUUACCACCAGGUUGGUCUGUAGACUUAACAUUAAGAGGUCGUAAGUAUUUUAUCGACCACAAUACCAAAACUACUCAUUGGUCACAUCCUUUGGAAAAAGAAGGUCUUCCUACUGGAUGGGAACGUAUUGAAAGUGAUGAGUAUGGAGUAUAUUUUGUUAAUCAUAUUUCUCGACAAGCACAAUAUGAGCAUCCAUGUGCUCCACACUAUAUUUAUCAACCAGAAGUGAGAAUUCCAUUGCCACUUCUACCUCCUCCACCACCAAGACCUACACAUUUCCAUUCUCAUAAUAUGCUUGUGCCUGCAAAUCCUUACCUAAAUCAAGAAAUCCCUGCAUGGCUUGGUGUUUAUUCUCAUGCAGCACAAACAUCAGACCAUAAACUAAAAUGGGAAAUGUUUAGGUUACCAGAACUUGACUGUUUCAAUGCUAUGUUAACACGAUUAUAUAAGCAAGAACUAGAAGAGAUUGUUAUGCGUUAUGAAGUUUACAGAUCUGCAUUAUUGUAUGAAAUUGAAAGAAGACAUAGAAGACAUAUGCAAUCGCGAUAUAUUGAUACAAAUGAAUACAACCGUUAUGGACCAGGGCUACGUAUUAUUGAUGUAACUAACGAUAAUUUACGAGAAGUUGCACUUUCACAACAUCCAGAAACUAAAGUUUAA